UAAUUUAGCAUAUUAACUCAUCGAACCAUAAACAUUAAAAAGAUCGUAAUAGUUUGACUACUAUUGCUAUUGAGCAACAAAAAAGUAAAACAAAAAUGUAGUAAUGAAUGUAGUAAAUGUAUAAUUUUGCUAACAAAAUGAUUUAACUGAGGUCAACUUACAAGUUCAGGCUGUUUAGUAGAUCUAAUUUAGGAUUGUAGGCAACACAUGUAUAUGUAUGAGUCCAUACGUGUAUAUGUGGAUCCAUAUGUAUGGCUAUAUAUAUGAGGAAGAAGAUGAGGUUAUUAAGGUCAAUUCCAAUGUUCCUUAACAUCCAUUAUUGUGCACAUUGGUCCAACAAUCACAUUGUGGUUAUGUGCUGAUAAUCAAAUCUAAGAGGGUGAAACCACACAUGGGCCAAACCACAAGAGGUCAAAGUGAAUUUUUUCCUUCUAAUUAGUUGUGGGCAUGUUAUAGGCAUUGCCAAUGUAAGCACACAAGUUACAAUGGCAUCAAUGGACGGUUUGGACCAAAGGGUUGAUAUCAAACCAUUAAGAAAUUAAGCAUGACAAAGAAAGGUGUUCCCUUCGGUGCACCUUGAGGGCCUUAGCAGGGGGUCAUUAAAGUCAUCUCGCCUCAGGGAGGUUGUGGCUACCCCAGUGUAAGCUUUGCAGUGUUUUGCAGUCUAGAUGUGCUCCUCAGUACACCUUUGAUGGCUAUGGUCCUAGCACCUCAAACUCGCAGGUAACUUUGUUCAGAGACUAAAGCAAGAUGUGGGAUGCAAUCAAAGCUCCUAUUUUCAUUUAUGUCAUGUUUUCUAUUGCGUUUCACAUUUCCCAGGAAGUUCCACUUCAUGAAAAGAAGAGGAACAACUUCCCUCAGCAUCCCAAACAAUACUUGAAAAAUGGCAAUUAUGAAAUUACCAACCCCCCAAAUCCCCAGGAUUCAACCUAUUUAGUUCCUUGACCAAAACAAGAAUUCUCGCCUUCAAAUAGUUAUCCAAUCAAUCUGAUCCACGCCUUUAUAACACUGAACUCCAACUCACCAAUAAAUUGCCAAAAUAGAACUCUUCAAUAAGAAACCUAUAAAUAAGCCAAUGAUUGGGAGGCGUGAUACUAUCAAUUCCUACUAUUACCCAUCAAACCCAUACAAGUCUUCCAACAAAUUCAAUAAACAAAAUUUCAAUUUAAGGGCGCGUGUUGCUAAGAAAGAAUAACAAUUUGCAAAACGCAGAGGGCGUUCCCUCCUUUGUUAAAAAAAAGAAAAAGGAGAAUUAUCCUCUGAAAAUGCAAUGCAAGCCCCAUAUACAGCUAUCAAAGUGUCAAAAAUUAAACAUUACGGUCACUCCCGAAGGAAGAACGAGCUUUUGUCAUCUCCAAAAGGCCACUAUGCAAUUGAUCAUAUUUUCCAUUUAGUCCUUCCACUCUGCCACUAACUCAAAUUCCCUCUCAUAAUUUUAAGUGCCACCUUCGUUCCAGGAAACACUUUUUUUUUAUUUCAUAACUCCAGGCUCUUCGAGCGCACAUGCUUUACGGUAACAUUUCCAACCACUCUCCCAUCAAGCUACUAAUUUCAUCCUUAUUUGGAAAGUUCAGAAAACUUCAUAGCUCCACUACCAAAGUGCGCAUGCAAAUGAUGGCAGACGAUUGCCAGGGUUCUAAAUGGCGGCCUAGGCGCUUGGAGGUGCUCUGCCACCACGCCAAUACCACUUGGCGUUUGAUUGGGCGCCCAGGGAGGUUUGGCGGCCUAAAAUAUAUAGUAUUAAACUAAAAGGGCUUAUUAUGUAAUUUUUACAAAAUCAUAUAUACAUUAUGUAUGUGUGUGUAUACACACACACAAUUACAUAAUUACAUUUACAUCCCACACCCAUUCUCACUCACUCCAGUCGAUCGAAGAACAAGAACCGAAGAAGUGAAGAAUGAGCCCUAGCGCGAACCCAGCAGUGAACGAGGUGUCGAGGUCCCAUCGUCGUCGAUCGGCGGUCCCGCCGGUAUGUCUCUCUCUUGCGCUCUCUCUCUCUCUCUCUCUCUCGGCUCUCUUUGUCAUCUCUCUCUCUCUCUCUCUCUCUCGAUCAGGGCUUUGCAUGUUUAAUCCUUCUAGAGUUUUUUGUUUUGGUCAAAUUAGUUGCUUGAUUAGUCUGUUGUGGGGUUCUUAGAGGAUCAUCAAGAGGGUAGAACUUUCUGAUUGAGUUGUUUGCUGUUUGCUAUCAGAAAAAAUUAAAUCCUACUGUUCAAUUUCCACAUCUCUCUUCUGAGUUCAGUAUUUCUGUGUGCAGAAGCACUGAAUUUUCUGAUUGAGUUUUUUUUUGCAUUUAAAAAAAAAAAAAAAAGAGAUUGUGCGAGUGUGAACAGGUUCAGUGUUGUAUUAGUAUACUUGUAUUAUUGUAUAACUUGUAUUAUGUCAGAACCUUAGCUUAACUGUGAAAAAGUUUGACUGCAUUGUAUAACUUGUACAGUUAUUUUUAUAAUGUGUAGGCCUAUUGUAAAUGUCCCAAUCUCAAAAUGUAACUUCAGUGGCCUCUAAUGCCGCCACCGAUAAUUAAACAGCCCUUAAAAGAGCAUCAAAUGAUAUGGGAUGGGAGUAUGGAAUGCUAGUGGAUCCUACGAAUUUGGAUAAAAUACAAUGCAAAUUGUGUGGUAAGGUUAUGAGUCCAGGGAUUAGUAGGCUGAAAAAACACAUAGCUCAAAUUAAGGGGUCUGUUUCCUCUUGCCCUAUGCAAGCAAGGAAGAUAUAGCGAAGUGUAAAGCGGCAGUUGAAGAGGGAAGUAAGAAGAAAAAAGACAAGCUUCAAGUGGUCAAAGAGAUUAGGGAGGAAAUGACUAUCAUAGAAGAAGAAGAAGAUGAGGAAGUUGAAAUUGUAGGGACAAGAAAAAGGUAUCGGAUAUCAAUCCCAGGAAGAAGAUGACGGGACAACAAAACAUAAGUGCUUCACUUUGGAAGGCUAGAAGUGAGAAAGUGGACGGUUACUUGGCUCGAUGAGUGUAUGAAGCCGGUAUCCCAUUUCAUGCUAUUGACCAUAAUAGCUUCGCACAAUUUUGUGAAGCGGUUGGACAAUUUGGCGUGGGCUACCAACCUCCAAGCCAAUCCAAAUUAAGGGGGCCAUUGUUGAAGGUGGAAGUGGAGAGAACCAAAAAAUGUCUCAAGAAGCAAGAAGAGUGGGCUUCAACGGGUUGUUCUAUUAUGACCGACGCUUGGAGCGAUUGAAAGAGGAGAAGCAUCAUGAAUUUGUGUGUCAAUUGCAAGGGACUACUUUUCUUUCUUCUAAGGAAACUUCGGAUGAGUUGCACACGGGGGAAUACAUCUUCAACUAUGUUGACAAAUGUAUUGAAGAGGUUGGUCCAAAAAAUGUAGUUCAAGUGGUGACGGACAAUGCAUCAAAUAACAUGGCCGCGGCGGAGUUGUUGAAGGUCAAAAGGCUUAUCAUCUUUUGGAGCUCAUGUGCCACCCACACCAUAAACCUUAUGCUUGAAGGAAUUGGUAAGCUACCAAAAUUCAAAGGAGGUAUAGAGAAGGCAAAGGCCUUUACUAUAUUUAUUUAUGCUCACCAAACGACUUUGGCAUUGAUGAGAAAAGCUACCAAAAAGAGAGAUAGUGUGAGGCCGGGUAUGACUAGAUUUGCAACAUCUUUCUUGACUUUGCAAAGUUUGGCGGAGAAGAAAGAAGCCUUGAAGGUAAUGGUUACUAGCAAUGAAUGGGGAAAGAGUAAAUGGGGUCCGAGUAGCACAAAAGGGAAAACACCAUAUGCUACCGUGCUUAGUACAUCAUUUUGGAAUGGUGUAAGUCUAUGCUUGAAAGUGUUUGCUCCGCUAGUGAAAGUGCUUCGACUUGUUAAUGGGACCGUCCCUCAAUGGGCUUUGUAUAUGGAGAACUACAAAAGGCGAAACAAGAGAUCAUAGAGGCAUGCAAAUCUAAAGAGGCUCAAUACAAGCUAAUAUUAGAUAUCAUUGAUACAAAAUCUCAAGGUCGGCUAGAUAGUCCAUUACAUUUGACAGCUUAUUUGUUGAAUCCUUUCUACUUCUAUAAGGAUCAAAACAUUCAAAAUGAUUCAUGCAUCAUGGAGGCGGUUGUUGAAUGUGUUGAAAGAUUCGAUCCGGAAGAUGUGGAUGCCCAAGAUUAUGUCAUCAAUAAAGAGUUGUUGAUGUACAAGAACAAAGCGGGUAUGUUUGGAAAAAUUGUGGCCCUUCGCGGAUGUGAAGCAAACAAUGACAAUUAUGAUCCGGGUAAAUUAUGGCUUUUAUUACGCUUCUUAG